GGUUUCAACGUGUAAAGACCGGAUGAACUAUGAAUUUAUAAAUCUAAUUUGAUUAAUGGGGAAAAUGCGUCUAACUCCUUUUUUACAGCCAGGAAAUGAUUUGUAAUGAAGAACAGUUAUGGUAAUUCAUCCGUCAGCUUGUGUAAUUAUUGUUAUCAUCGUGUUGAUUUCUACAUUUGUUGAUGCAAAGGAACAUGAAAUAUUUCAGUUUGGCAAGGUAUGCUCUCUCCGACCACAGCAAAUAAUAGAGGAUUCGGCAUAUUACGUGUAUUAUGACAGUGUGUAUAAAGAUGGUGCCGUAUGGUGUUCACACAUAGGAUUCAGAGCUAAUGGUGCAGAUUCCAAGGACAAAUUUCAAAUAUGUGCGACCGUUAAUAAAUUUCAUGACCCAAUGUGCACUGUGAAAGUAUCCCUUAGAAAUAGUCUUAAUGGUACAGUUUUUGAGGGUUCCUUAGUAUCAUCUUCAGUGCAAUUCAUUUUAACUUGCAUGCACCCAUUGUUUUUCGAAUUUCAGAAAUUUUCUUGCACCGAGGCAUCAACGACUAAAUUCUGUGGAAAACAAGGAGAAGAUCUUUACAUUGUUUUGGAUUUUAUGUCCUCUUUCCGAGAAGAACGAUCGGAAUUCAUAUUUUAUGUGGAUGCAACUAAAACUUAUAAUCAUACCGCCACGGUAGCAGGGAUAGCAGUAGGCGUGGCCGCCGUCUGUAUUAUCAUUUUCGUGUUCAUUGUAAUAAAGUGCAGAAAUCGGAAAGGUCCGAUAUUGAGAAACAGAUUCAGGAAUGCGUCAGGUAAAUAA